GGGGGAGCCGGGAUGUGCGUCCGGGUUGGGUCGGCCCCAGCGAGCGGUUUCCUCUCGCCUUCCCUCUGUCUCCUCUUCCCUGCGCCCCUCCGCCGACGUGCCCCCGGAGUGAACGCCGCCUGCCCGCUCCGUAAGGGAAUCAGUAGUUUCCUGAAUAAACCAGAGAGUCACCUGAGACGCAAAGAUGUUGGAAGAAGAUAUGGAGGUGGCCAUCAAGGUGGUAGUAGUAGGAAAUGGAGCUGUUGGGAAGUCCAGUAUGAUUCAGCGAUAUUGCAAGGGGAUUUUUACAAAAGACUACAAGAAAACUAUUGGUGUAGAUUUCCUGGAAAGACAGAUCCAAGUUAAUGGUGAAGAUGUCAGGCUAAUGUUAUGGGACACUGCAGGUCAAGAGGAAUUCGAUGCAAUAACUAAGGCCUACUACAGAGGAGCCCAGGCUUGUGUUCUUGUGUUUUCUACAACUGACAGAGAAUCCUUCAAAGCAAUCCCUACCUGGAAGGAAAAAGUUGUGACCGAAGUUGGAGACAUUCCCACAGUUCUUGUGCAGAAUAAGAUUGAUCUUCUUGAUGACUCUUGCAUAAAGAAUGAGGAGGCAGAAGCGCUGGCAAAGAAGCUGAAGGUGAGGUUCUACCGAGCGUCUGUGAAGGAAGACCUGAACGUGAGCGAAGUUUUUAAGUAUUUGGCUGAUAAAUAUCUUCAAAAGCUCAAGCAACAAACGGCAGAAGAUUCAGAACUAGUACAUACAAGCAGUAACAAGAUUGGUGUUUUUAAUACAUCUGGAAGUCACUCCAACCAAAAUUCUAGCACUCUCAAUGGUGGAGAUGUCAUCAACCUUAAACCAAACAAACAGAGGACCAAGAAAAACAGAAGUCCUUUUAGCAACUGCAGUAUACCUUAGACCACUUUUGGAGGAAAUUAAGCAACUCAGAGAAUUGGAUGAAGUUGUGCAAUUGAAUACAGAAUAAAGCCAGCUGUAGAGGUAUUUUUACCGGUGCUUUAGCAAAUCUUGUGCCUCCUUGACUGAGGGUGGAUUUAGACGAACUUGCUGAUGCUUUGGGUUUGUUGUGUGGCGAGAGACACCUGGUGGCGACACACAGAACCGUGGCUGUCUCGUGCACUUUGUACAGGUUAGGUGAGCCUUUCCUUUUUCAAGGAAUUUCUUACAGAACUAUGAACUAGGUUACUGUUGAAUUUCAAAGCACAUUUAAUGUAAGGAUAGUACUUACACGUAUAGGUACGGACUGUAAUUCUAUGGCCCAAGGUAAUGUAGCAACCUUGCAACUAAAUUUCAAAGAAAAUAUUAGAGUGGUUAGUCUGGACACUACCAAGAUAAAUGAAGAGCAAAAAAACCACUACUUAAUUUUAUGCCUGACCAUAUUAAUAUGGAUUCUGGCAGUCCUGUGGGUGCAAGAUCCUUGCAUUAUAUAUAUGUGUGCUAAGGUGUAUAUGUAGACAUUUGGGAUGAAUAUCUAUGCUUGGUUCCAAUGUGUACAUUACUUGGAGAUCAGCUAAUGAUCAUCAAAUAGCAUCUUCCAAUUGUCCUUUAAAAAUGUUGCAUUUCAGAAGAGGCUUUCCAAGCUGCCACUGUGUGUGUUUAACUUGCUAUACUUCAGGCCUAAAAGCUUAGAUUUAAAAAUGUAUGGUGCCAAAACUGCUCCUUUUUACCUAAUGCUAUGCUACAGAUGUUUUGUAAGUUUGUUUUUCUCAGUUGUAACGGGUUGAACAAAUAACACUAAUAGCUGUUCAGAAGGAACACAUAAUCAUAUUCUUCUUCAAAUUUGAUUGUUGUAUCCUGUGUUGUCUUACAAAAAAGGAAUUUUCAAAGUGGUGUUACAAAGUAUUUAUCUAAUUUGAAUUUUUUUUAUAGAUACCAUAAACUAAGUUACAGGGAUCCAAAAAAUUGCAGCUGAUUAUAUUAGGGAGACAUUCUUGAUUGUUGACUCAGAUUUCAAGUUAAGGAAAUCUAAUUCUGCAAGAUGAGAGAUAUGGCAAAAAAUUUUCUAAGUGCUUCAGUAAUUUUAUGUUUUUAAAUGUUCAGUAAUUUUAUGUUUUUAAAUGUUUAUUCUAAACAUUUUCAGAUGUUUAGGAGCCCAAAUCUAACUUCAAAGUUAUUUGGGCUAAGGCUCCUAAAUCACUAAGGUGCUUUUAAAAAUGCUAAGCAAGAUACCUUUUAUUUAGCAAAAAUGAAGACUUUAUAAUCUUCUUCAAGAGCAUGCAUACCUUUUAAAAACUAUCCAUUUUAUUUACAUGUUUUGUAUGGUAUGAUAUAAUUUUAACUUUCUAAGAUUUCUACAAGUCUGCCAGUGACAAAUGCAAAAUACGCUGCUUAAAAAAAAUCUGUUUUAAUAGUUUUAUAAAUGGUGUAUGAGAAUGAAAAUUGGUUGAGUGAUCCUGUAUAUUUUUGAAGGAAGGACUUUUCACUAUGUGAAUUCAUGUAGGAAGCUUGACUGACUUUGUUUCUAAGUCAAUGAGUAUGAAAACUGAAAUGUAUUCUUAUUCCCACUGUCUGCAGGGAGAGAAGUGAGUGGCAAGUUAUGCACAAACACUAAAGAUCUCUGAACUCUGUAUUUUAUGUUUACUGUAUUAGACUUUGUACCGAGUACUGCAGUUUCUUUGACAAGCUGUUAGAGAUCUGUUGCUGGCAAGAAGGAGGGCACCCCAUCCCUUUUGCUACUGCAGCUAAACCACAUGUUCUUCAUCAUAAUGUCUCCUGUAUUUUCUCUUGGAUAAAGGCCUCCAUUUUUUAACAAGUGCAUUUAAUCACUCUAUCUGUAAAUGGAGUCAAGUCCCAUCUGUCUUAGCAGUUUAAGAAGUGAGGUACUUGGGAUAAGAUGACUGAACAUCACGAGGCCACCUCACAACUUAGGGUACAGUGUAUGCAUGAAAAAAAUUGUUUUUAAUAUGGAAACUUCUACAUUUCAUUGUCUAUCUGCAAGUUUCAUGGGGUUUUAUUCAAUUUUCCUGAAAAACAAACGAAACCACAAAAUGUGUGAAACAUCUUUUUUGCCUUGUUUGACUUCGUAUAGCAUACUGAAAAGUAAGUCUUUAUUAUGUAUAAUGACAAUUUGUACUAUUUUAUGUUAUACUGUGACACACUGUACAAUUAAUAUAGGCUGUUUGUAUGUAAAGUAUGUCACUACUGUUUUUAAUGACUCAGCAGUAAUUUUCAUAGAUGGAGACUUGACAGACUUGAUAAAUUUAAGACAUAUUGAAAUGUAGUGCAUAUACUUUAAUGUAGGAAUAGUUAUUUGCAGCAUUGGGUAACAGUGAGUUUUCAUUUUACUCCCCUCCUAAAUCUAAAGUGGAUCUUUAUUUGCUGAGACUUUGCAGUGCUUGUUCUCCAGUAUGACUGAGAUGGAAAGUGCCCAAAUUAGCAUCUUUUGGGAAGUGCCCUGCAUGUACACUGCUUAAAAUUUUUGAUUCUUACUGUGUAGAUGUAAACCAAAUGACUUGGCUAUUGCAGGAACCCUUAGGUAUUCACAUCAUUCUUCAGCGGCACUAACUCUUGCCUUUUGGAAGAAGAGACAUGCCUAAAUGUUUUAGCACUUGUGUUGUCCCUCAUGAAUAAUUUUUUAUUACAAACAUUAUUUCAUUCUCCACUCAAAGUGUACUCAUUAAAAUAUAGUAUAUUUUAGUCAGCAAAACCUGCAGGUAUGGGGCUGGUAAUAAAAAUGCUCUUCUCUUUGCACCCCUGGGACUGCGUGGUGGGUGAGUAUGUAUCUCUUACACCCAUGAUACCCUGCAUUAAGAGCUUGUCCCACAAGACACAAAAUUCAUUGCACUCCUGUAUAUUUUUGUAUCUCUUGAAUAGCUUAAUGGCUGUAUUAUCUUGAUUUUGCCACAAUUCUUUGCCCUUGGCUGAUACAGCUACUGUUAGCAGAAAACUUUAGUGAUUGUUAAUGCCUUAGUGAAAUAGGGAUUCACUAAAGAGUAUGACACUACAGCUUUGUCACUUCUGUGUUAUAUCCAUUCAGUGAAUGGGUGUUCUCCCAGUACGUGGGGCAUCGUUAGAUGCAAAGCAGUAAUGCUAGGGAUGUAUUUCCAACUGGAAAUAGAAAAUCUCAAAGUUGUAUGACUGAUCACACUAAUUUUUGUGCUUGUGUGUGUGGUUAAUUAAAAAGAAAAUUAAGUAUUCCACUUCAGACAAUUUUGAAGCAUUAUUUUCAGUGUUUCAUAAGGCCAGACUUUUACAGUCAAAGUGCCCGAAUUAUCACACUGUCAGUCUCAUUUCCUGUUUAAUUUUUAUGCUUCAGUAAAAUAUAAUUUAUUUUCUUCAUUAUUGGGCUGCAGCACAUCUGGCAUGAGGUUUUCCUUCACAUAAUUUUUGUGGAGGUGGGAUAAUCUAAAGAACACUGAGCAGCUGACCACGCAGCACUCUGAGGGGUUAUGUGGGGUACGUGCACAAGACUCAGCAAGCCUGCACUUGAAGCUGUCCAUGCACCCUUCAGCUGAGAGCUCCAGGUGUUAACAGGGUCAGUGAUCUGCCCUUCUCGGUGGGAGUUCAUCGUACAGUGAGCCAGUACAUAUGCUGCUCUCAUUCCAGUGACACUACCUGAGCCCCUGCUGCUCUUCUACAUGUAGUCAUAGAGCUUCGGUUGAAGCUGCAGAACCUGAACACUAAUUGUACCAAAAUUAGAGUGCAAGAAUGGUCCAGCAGGCUUGAAUUCAUCAAAACUACCUUACCAUCUUUUUGUAGGAAGCAAAAGCUGUGCAGAUAUUCUUUCUAAUGCACAAAUAAUAUUGAGACAAAAAAACAACUCUCUGUUAAAUAUGGCAUUCAAGCAGGUAAUCAAAAUUAUACAGUGAAAAACACAGCAAUGCUUAGAUUUAAAAUGAAAGGUGCUAUAAUGGAAUAAGAGAAACCUGCAAAUGUUCCAUGUUGCAGUGUUCUAUAUGAGUUAUCUCAAAGCCAGGUGAGUCCUAGUACUGAACUAGGCUCAUUCUCAGGUUUCUAGAAGGGUAAUACAGAUAAGUAGUUUGUCAGUUCUGCCAAACUCACUUAAGUUGAUAAGAAAAACUAAAAAUUACUGUGGACCCGGAGGAACACCAUUCUCGUUGUGAGGAUUAAGAUGCAUUGUUACCAAUGGCUUAAAUGCAACUGGCUAAAAGAGGAAAUGUACAUAACUGAUUUUAUCACCAUCAUGGUCUCAAGUAAAUGUAACAGAUUUGUAGAAAAAAAGGUCAUCAUACCAUAAAUCCUUGAUCAGAAGAAUCAAUGUUUAAAACUGAGUAUCUUGUGUAUGCUGUUCUGUAAAAUCCCUGCAAAUUAAUUCUGCUGUUCUCUUGUAAGUGACACUAGUUGCAUCAUGCAACUUAAAAUGUUUGUUUGCUUGUUGUUGGGUCUGAUAUAAGUCACUACUUUUGUGGUUAUAUUAAUUUGUGAGUAUAUUAAAUUUCAAAAAUUGCUGUAACUACAAGCUGUGCAACCUCAGUCUGAGAAAUGUGUGCUUGAUUCUUGUGUGUGUUUCCAACAGCUGGCAUCCAAGACAGCUCAUGAGAGCACUCAAAGGAACAAGUGUGGACACCCCAGUCAAAUAGAAAUGGUGUUUCUUAGCUCUUGCCUCUGAUUUACCAUGGGAUAAAAAAAAAUAGGGAUUCUUUUCUGCUCUUUCUGGUCGUUUUGGUUUUCAUGACUGGUUUGGCCAACACAGUGACAAGGUUUAAGUCAAAGAUUGUAGACAUUGGAAGUGGCAUUAAAGUAUUAUUAAUAUGUCAAAGAUGCCUAGUACAUUUUAUAUUUAUGAAAAUAAACAGGUAAU